UGCAAGAAAGCUAAUCGUUUGACGAAAGGAAGCGAUAAGGCGGCACCACGUUUCGCCACAGCAAAUUACGUUAUUCAAAUCAUUUUCCGGCAAGAGGUUCGCCGUCAACUGUUCGCGGCCCAUCUGUAAAAGCAUCGUCAUUGAGUCGAAUAGAAGCGUCGCCGAGACUGUCGGGAGCGGGAUCCGAAUGCGGCCGCGGCGGGGGCGGCGGAACGGCCACCGGCGGCGUCCGCCCCGGGUACGGCUACGAGGCGCUCUCGGCCGCGAGCGAUGGCAGCGAGGGCGAGCCGGAGGAUGCGCCCGAGUACACCGCCUUCGAGAUGGAACUGUCAGGCGGUGGCGAGUCCGCCGAGGGGCCUUCAUCAAGGGGCUCGGCUAAAGUUAACUUCCCCCCCGACGUGGAACUAGAGAGACGUCCCACCGCUACCGCCGCCACCGCCACGUAUCACCGCGGCCGAGGGCGGUCGAUGAGCGCUUGGAGCGAUAUCAGCCGAUCUAGCAUACGCUUUGAAGAAAGAGUACGUGUGGAGUACUACGUAAACGAAAAUACUUUUAAAGAAAGACUGCAACUAUAUUUCAUAAAAAAUCAACGAUCGAGUUUACGUAUUAGAAUAGCGAACUUGUUUUUCAAACUUCUGGCGUGUGUCUUGUAUAUUUGCCGCGUCGUCGCCGACGGAGAUCCUAUUACUGCUUCCUGUUACGGAUGUAAGGUCGGAAAUAAGACUGAAUUUGAAUAUUCCGCAAAUUUAACGGAGGAGGAGUUUCAAGAGCACCCGAUUAUCAACUGGGACGGCAUAAUAUGGGUCAACAGACCGCUCUACCUAUGGGGAGUGCAAGUCAUACUAGCUAUGAUCUCGUUCACGGAAGCUAUUCUCUUAGCUUAUUUAGGAUAUAAGGGAAACAUCUGGCAACAAGUUCUGUCAUUCCAUUUCAUUUUAGAAAUGGUAAACACCAUACCCUUUGCCUUAACUUUGCCGUUUCCACCACUACGGAAUUUAUUUAUACCAGUGUUUCUAAACUGCUGGCUAGCGAAGCGAUCUCUCGAAAAUAUGUUUAAUGAUCUUCAUCGAGCGAUGCAAAAAUCUCAAUCCGCUCUUUCACAACAACUGAUGAUCCUUUGUGUAACACUAUUGUGCCUCGUUUUCACAAGCGUAUGUGGCAUCCAGCACUUCCAGAGGGCGGGGCACCGCCACCUGAACCUCUUCCAAGCCACCUACUUCGUGGUGGUGACCUUCUCCACGGUGGGGUACGGCGACUUCGUGCCCGACAUCUGGCCCUCGCAACUUUACAUGGUGAUCAUGAUCGGCGUCGCGCUCGUCGUGCUGCCCACGCAGUUCGAGCAACUCGCAUUCACUUGGAUGGAGAGGCAAAAACUAGGCGGUUCUUAUUCCUCCCACCGUGCCCAGUCCGAGAAACACGUUGUAGUCUGUUCAACAACACUCCACGCUGACACUAUCAUGGAUUUCCUAAAUGAAUUCUAUGCCCAUCCAUUGCUUCAAGAUUACUACGUCGUUUUACUAUCACCGAUGGAAUUAGAUACAACGAUGAGAAUGAUUUUGCAGGUGCCAAUUUGGGCUCAACGCGUCAUUUACAUACAAGGUUCGUGUCUUAAGGACACUGACCUAAUACGAGCACGCAUGAACGAAGCCGAAGCAUGCUUUGUGCUAGCGGCCAGGAACUAUGCCGACAAGACUGCCGCCGACGAACACACAAUACUAAGGUCAUGGGCGGUUAAAGAUUUUGCACCGGAUGUUCCUCAGUACGUGCAAAUAUUUAGACCGGAGAACAAAUUACAUGUUAAAUUCGCUGAAUUCGUAGUAUGCGAAGACGAAUUCAAGUAUGCGCUAUUGGCCAACAACUGCACGUGUCCCGGAGCGUCCACGCUCGUCACGCUGCUGCUGCACACUAGCCGGGGGCAGGAAGGCCAGCAGUCCCCGGAGGAAUGGCAUCGACUGUACGGGAAAUGUUCCGGAAAUGAGAUAUAUCACAUAGUCUUGGGAGACAGUCGAUUUUUUGGAGAAUACGAAGGGAAAAGUUUUACAUACGCAAGUUUUCAUUCUCACAGAAAGUACGGUGUGGCCUUAGUGGGGGUACGUCCUGCGGAAUUACCAGAAUUUUAUGAAGAGACGAUACUUUUAAACCCCGGUCCUCGUCAUAUCAUGAAAAGUAGUGACACCUGUUAUUAUAUGAGUAUCACGAAAGAAGAAAAUUCCGCCUUUGUUAUAUCAGAGAAACAGAUCGAAAACAAACCUACAAUACCAAAAGACCAAACCGCAUGUAGUCUGCUUUCGAACGACAAGAAGGCAGGCGAUCCGGAGGAGGGCUGUGGCCAGCAGAAAAACACUGACGGUAGUAACGUCGCUCAAUACGAACUCCCACAAGUGAUUCUCCAAGCUCCCGCGAGUUCCACACCAAACGCAUCGCCAUCACGCAUCAACCAAGCUAAUACUGUAUCAUCCGCUAAGUUAACUGUCGCUGGCUCUAAAUAUGGAGAAGGCACCUCUGCAUCGGACUCUAGAACGUGUUUGAAAGAUUCACCUGGUACAGAUAGUGCCACUGAUAGCCACCUACUAUUGCCCAAGCCGGAUAACACAAAUUUCCUCAGCCCGGACGCCCUGAAUUAUCGAAGAGGGAGCCGGCGGCCGUCGAUCCUGCCGGUGCCGGACAUGGUGACGAGCAGCCUGAGCAUCCCGUGCGACGCGGCGGACGAGGACGCCGCCGAGAGCGAGGACGAGCUCGAGGACGACGUGCCGUGGCGCUCGCCCUCCGAGAAGAUCGCCGAUGACGUCACCACUAGCAGCUUCUCGUCGCUGGCGGGCAGCGAGACGCCGCACAGCGCCUGGCGUAACGACUUCACCAGGAUCGUAAAAGGGUUUCCCCCCGUGUCGCCAUUUAUCGGCGUAAGUCCGACACUGUGCUACUUGCUCAAAGAAAAGAAGCCAUUGUGCUGUCUGCAGCUGGCGCAGGUGUGCGAGCACUGCGCCUACAGAAACGCUAAGGAAUACCAAUGGCAAAACAAAACCAUCAUCCUAGCUGCGGACUACGCCUCCAACGGGAUUUACAACUUUAUAAUACCAUUGAGAGCACAUUUUAGAUCGAAAACGUCGUUAAAUCCAAUUAUAUUGUUGCUGGAGAGAAGACCGGACAUUGCAUUUUUAGAUGCUAUAUCUUAUUUUCCAUUGGUCUAUUGGAUGCUUGGAUCCAUCGAUUGCCUCGACGACUUGCUCCGAGCAGGAAUAACGUUGGCUGAAAACGUAGUCGUAGUGAACAAGGAACUCUCCAACUCUGCAGAAGAAGACAGCCUGGCAGAUUGUAACACUAUAGUGGCGGUGCAGACAAUGUUCAAGUUUUUUCCAUCCAUCAAAUCGAUAACGGAAUUAUCACAGUCAUCCAAUAUGCGUUUCAUGCAAUUUAGGGCACAUGACAAGUACGCCUUGCAUUUGUCUAAAAUGGAAAAGCUGGAAAAGGAGCGCGGCUCACAUAUUUCAUACAUGUUCCGGCUGCCGUUCGCCGCCGGCUCGGUGUUCUCCGCCUCCAUGCUGGACACUUUGCUCUACCAGGCGUUCGUCAAAGACUACGUCAUUACGUUCGUCCGGCUUCUACUGGGCGUGGACCAAGCUCCUGGAUCAGGAUUUUUAACUUCUAUGAAAAUAACAAAAGAAGAUAUGUGGAUUCGUACGUACGGUCGGCUAUAUCAAAAAUUGUGUUCGACUUCGUGUGAAAUCCCAAUCGGGAUCUAUCGCACGCAGGACACGAGCUUAGCCGAUCCCUCUCACCACCAGGACGAGGGAGAAGGAGGUUUCCCGGCGUGCGGGCGGCGGGAGGCCACCGGCUGUCUCGGCGGCUGCUACGGGGAACGCACGCCGGCGUAUUCUACAAGUCUUGCUGACGAAGCAAGAGACAAUCAUGCGCAGCAAAUAGAAAGAGCAGAAAUCGCAAACCUAGUACGCUCGCGUAUGGAAUCCUUGAACCUUACUGGAAUCGACUACGAUGAUGUGAGCGAGAAGAGGAACAGUUUGUCCUACGUUAUUAUCAACCCAAGUUGUGAUCUUAACAUACAAGAAGGAGAUAUCAUAUAUUUGGUGCGGCCGUCCCCUUUCUCAGCACAAAAAACCUUUGAGAGACACAAUAGCCGACGAAAAUCAAAUAUUAGUUUCUGUUCUCAAGCUUUAAUUCAAGCGCAGAGCGUUGCCAGCAGAAGAGGGUCCGGUAUCGGUGCCACGUUCACCCAACCCAGAGCUCCACCGCUCUGCACAACAAAAGCCAAUUCCUUGUCUUUGCCGGAUAGUCCAACUAUCAUAACGGAUUUCAGAGGACGGUCCAAUUCACUUCGAGUAGUAGAUGACAUACUACUGCGGAGAUCUAAUUCGUUAAGACAAAGUCUCAGUGGCGUUGGCUCUCGCCGAAGAAAGAGUAGUCUCGAAGAAAUAGGCAUAUCACAUUUCAAUUCCUUAUUGCAACAUCAGCAACAACAGCAACAGCAAAACGCCAAUGCAAUAAAAAUCGCUUUGAACGGUAGUAUUGGGUUAGAGGUUACACCGCCGGAGGAAACGCCCCCCGAGAGGUUUCCAGGGACGAGCAUGGGACUCGGCGGGUACCAGGAGGCCGCCGCGGCUCUGCCCUCCACGUCGAUAGGCGCGGGCGGCCCGGCGCCCACGCCAGACACUCAACACCUGCAAGGAACUAUUGUAUGAUACCACCUAAUGUGGGGACGACGACUAAGCUCCGUGAUAAGAAAUAAGUGGACGUAAAUUGACUACUCGACAUGUCACUGAAUCCCUGGAUACACGGAGCCUUUUUACAGUAGCGUCUCUACUUGCUUAUACGUAGCAACUUAGUUUGAAAAAAUAAGUGAUUUAAUAAUUAAUUUAUAACUAGGAAUGGUAGCUAACUGCUAAAGAAGCUGUGUAAUUUAAGCGGGAUCAAUUAGAUACUACUAUAAGCGGGAUAGUUAUACAGCAUAAUAUAGUAAUGUACAUAGCAGAGCUUUUACGUUCGUAAUUAACCAUGUAAAUGUACAUAGAUAGUAUUAAAACCAAGAAAGAAUUCUUAUUUAUUAUUGUUAUGUGUAAAUAUGGACUAUAGGUUAAAUAUAUACUGAAGAAUUACAUUUUAUUUAUUAAGUAUAUUUUACUGACCAAUAAAAAUGACUACUUUAAUCAUUACAUAGUAAAUUGAAUGUCCUUUUAACUCUUUAUUAUUGAUAGAUUGGGUCAAGUAAGUCACCAAAUAUUCUAAAGUAUGAAUGUACACAAAAGUUUAUUUAGAUCUUUAGUUGUAGAGCUUAUUAUACCUGACAAUAUCAUGUAAUUGUAAUCUUUAUCUGUGUUUUUAUAUACAAUAUAAAACAACUUAGUCCGUUUCACUCUGUAAGAGUAUCGAUAGCUGCCUUUUGUGUAUAUUAUAAGAUAAAUAUAGAUUUGAACAAAAAACAUA